AUGUUUGUAGAGAUUAUUUUCUACAUAGCGUUUCAUGUGUUUAUUCGAAGUAAUUAUUUAUUUUUCUAACAAUUGGAAUAUCAUUUCGAAGUUUGAUUCUACAAGUACAUAUAGAGGAAAUGUAUUUCAAUUAUCGUAUUUCUCACAUUGAGAUAGCUAUUUGAUGUGAUCAUUUCAGUUAAUGAAAUAUUUUUUCACUAUCUUUGAAAUAAACAAAUAAAUAAUUCGUACAUCAUUCGUUAGACGAAAUAAAUUUAUCAAAUGUUAUUUUAUUUCAGUAAGAGUGCUUCAAUUACUAUUUCAAAUACUUUUUAUUUAAAUAUCCACGCCUUGAAGCAAGGGAUCUUGCUUCUUGCACUUUAAUUUGACAUUAUUAAAUGAACCAUUCACGUCUCCAACAUUUCUCUUCUAUUUAUCUAUAAAUUCUAAUAUAAAUAUUUUGUAAUAUUUUAACAUUGUAUAUUUUUAUCUUUUUCAUUAAUGCUUAUGUUUUUAAAAUAUCUUUUUAAUAUAAUUAUAACUUUAUCUUCUUUUCCUUUUCUUUCUUCGCAGUUUCUUAAAGUUCAAAUAAGUUUGUACAAAUUGAAUAAGUUUACAAUUGAAUAAGUUACAUUUUUUAUGAUAAAUAAGUUUCAAUAUCCUAUAUCGUGUGUUUUCACCUUUUUUUAUAUUUAUAUCUUAUCUUUUUCAUCAAUUUUUACUUUCUUGUUUGUACAAAUUAAAUAAGUUUAUACACUUUUUAUAAUAAAUAAGUUUCAAUAUUCUAUAUCGUGUGUUCUCAUCUUUUUUUAUAUUUAUAUUUUAUCUUUUCCAUCAAUUUUCACUUUCUUGUUGAUAAAUAAGUUCCAAUAUUCUAUAUCGUGUGUUUUCAUCUCUUUAUAUUUAUAUUUUUUCUAUAUUUAUAUUUUAUCUUUUUCAUCAAUUUUCACUUUCUUAACAAGUUUCUAGUUUUUUUUCCAAUUUUGCUUGUUUCGCUGAACUACUAAAAAAUCCGCCAAUAUUUUUCCAAUUAUUUCAAUGAUCGAUCGAAUACACAAGCAGCAUCGUUGCACUUUGGAUUGUAGCCUAACAACUAAAACUAUUAAUAGCGACGUAAUUAAUAGAGCAGGAAAUUGACAUUCAUUGAUGAACGUUGAUAUGUCCCUGCGCUUUAUAACCAAUUGACGUCCAAUUCGUAGAAAAGAAAUGCGUAAACCUUCUUCUUCAUCUGUUGCAUAAUUCGUGUGUUGUUUGCAGCCCAUAUGCUGUUGAACGUCAUCGAGCGCCAUGGGAACCAACCUAUUGAGUGUCACGGAUCGUACAGGAGGCAAGGGAUCAACACUUGGUCAUCGACGACAUUCCCAGAAAUUCACUUGCUGAAGAGGAAGAUCGAAGAUCAGAUUUUUCAACAAAAAAGGAAACAGAAGAAGAUGGGUAUGAAAAGGAGUGCCGAGUUUCCACCGGUUCCAGGCACAUCAGCAUGCCCACGUCAUUAUGUCGACAGAAUUCAAUCCUUUGAGUUGGGAAACCAGUUAUUCAAUAAUAUCACGAUAAUGGAUCGCAAUGGCAGCAAUUAUAUAUACGUCGAUUAGUAUGCCCACGGUGAAGACACACGAACCGAUGAGAUGCCUCUCGAGCAUCUCAACAGGCGAGAGAAAGAGAGAGAAAGGCACGGAUCUUUGAAUCUUCCGAUUUAUCAGCGAUCGGCAACUUUAUCCUCUGUUUACGCGCACGCUUCUCGCCGUGCAACACGCAAGUGCAAUUUGUAUACAACAGCGUGGAAUGUCGUCGAUGACGAUGCUUCGCCGCAUGCUGGAUCAAUUUCCCGAUACAGAUACCGAUCUUGAAAUAAGAAGAAGAUAGAAGAGGAUGCCGGUUCAACGUUCCACGGUUGUCCUCCGAUGAAAUUUACUAUUGAAUUAUUGCGAGGGAUCGGCUAAUGGAUUUACUUUCAACUGAUGAUUUUCUGGGGCGAGAGUUUAUCGAUAUUGCCAGAUGGCUAUCGCGGAAACUCGAUUACUGGCGGCAAUUAUAUUUAUACUUUCCAAACGGUCAGUCAACAUUCGUUUUUAUCUUUCGAUUAAUCUCGGUUGUUACUUCAUAAAUUCCGCGAAUAUGUUGAAACUGAGCAGAGGUUCACUGUACUCUGCGUCUCUGAAAUAAUCGGGAAAAUCUUAUCAGCUAAUGUGAAACUCUCCGAAUGAUACUAGAGGCGCUUAAUAUGUUUUUGGUUCCUUAAUAUGGAAGAAUUUCCCGAAAUAUAUUAUUUUUAAAUGCACGAGCCGCUUUUCUUCUUUCCCUUCCUUUUCUUUUUUUUUUCUUCUUUGCGAAAAUGGUACAAUUUUGAAAAACAAAAGCAAAAAUGAAUUAAGGUGUUUAAUAACAAAGUCAAUGCUGCACACUGUCCUCAUAAAUUCAACUGUUAAAUAUUACUGCAAGAAUGUUCUUUUUUUUUCUUUUCUUAAGUAGUAUAAGUUCAAUUUUGGAAAAAAUGAGAUAAAGCUAGUUUUAGUAUCUUUGUAUAAUGCUGUACAAUAUUCUCACAAACUCAUCAAAAGAAAUUCAACUGUUAAAUAUUACUGCAAGAAUGUUCUUUUUCUUUUUUUUUUUCUCAAGUAGUAUAAGUUUAAUUUUGGAAAGAAUGAGAUAAAGUUUUAGUAUCUUUGUACAAUGCUGUAUAAUAUUCUCAGAAAUUGGCCAAAAGAAAUUCAACUGUUAAAUAUUACUGCAAGAAUGUUCUUUUUUUUUUUCUUAAGUAGUAUAAGUUCAAUUUUGGAAGAAAUGAAAUAA